GCUCACGUCAGAUAAAGCAUCGGUCUACGGAAAAGUGUGUGAUGUUGCCUAAUCCGUUCGUUCCAUCCAUUGAGUUUCUUGUUCAGUUCAGAUUUCAGUUCGGUUGGAGGAUGUAGUGUUUGUUAUUAACCAAAACAACAGAACCUAACCUAUACGCGAGUGUUGUGAUUGAAUGAACUUGACGGUGAAGACGUGUAAAUGAGAAUUAGAACAUAAUGAAUACUGAUAGAGGCGAGAUAUUUUGAAGGUAAUGAUUUUCCGCAAAUCAAAUUCGAAACUUUGAGGAACCAGACGUUCGCUGCUUUUCAGUGUGAACGCCGGAUAUCAGCGGAUGUGGAAUAUUGGGAUUCCGCCAAAUAAAUCAAGAAAUUUGGUUAUUUCAAAUCAAGGAGGUACGAGCUGAGGAACUGCCUCAUCGACAAAUCCUAGGUUAUGUUGCUGCGGCUUGGAAGGGGUGGCUUGCGGCGAGCGGGUAUCUAUGGUUUCGGCCUGCUCUGCGUUUGCGCCGUUCUGGUCAAAAUAACAGUAUUAUGUUUUACGGACACUUUAGAAAAUGCGGUCGAUUCUAUGGUCACUGCGGAAAAAUACGUGGUCGGUUCAGACAAAAAAGUGUACGAAUAUAACAGACAGAUGCCUUUAAUUUUUAUCGGUGGAGUUCCUAGAUCUGGAACUACCUUGAUGCGAGCGAUGUUGGAUGCCCAUCCUGAUGUUAGGUGCGGCCAAGAAACUCGCGUAAUUCCUCGUAUACUUCAGAUGCGAUUCCACUGGAUGAAAUCGAAUAAAGAAUCCAGACGGCUAGACGAAGCAGGCAUCACAAAAAAUGUUUUGGAUUCUGCCAUCGCUGCCUUCACUUUAGAAAUAAUAGCGAAGCAUGGAGAAGCUGCCGCCAGACUUUGUAAUAAGGAUCCUUUGACCCUUAAAAUGGGAACAUAUGUUCUCGAGCUCUUCCCUAAUGCUAAAUUCAUAUUUAUGGUACGAGAUGGUCGAGCUACCGCCCAUUCAAUCAUAUCCAGAAAGGUCACUAUAACAGGAUUUGAUCUCACGAGCUACAGACAAUGCUUGAAAAAAUGGAACACCGUAGUUGAGGCCAUGAAUAAACAGUGUAAUGAACUUGGAACAGCGAAAUGCUUGAGAGUCCCUUACGAGCAACUUGUACUUCAUCCAAGGAAAUGGAUGGAAAAAGUACUUGGUUUUCUCCAAAUACCCUGGAAUGAAUCAGUCUUGCACCACCAAGAUUUUAUCAAUAAUGGAAUAACUUUGAGCAAGGUAGAAAGAUCGUCGGACCAAGUGAUAAAACCAGUAAAUCUUGAGGCAUUAACGAAAUGGGUUGGCAACAUACCCGAUGACGUAGUGCGCGAUAUGGCCGAGAUAGCCCCGAUGUUGUCUGUACUUGGAUACGAUCCUUAUGCUAAUCCUCCGGAAUAUGGCAAGCCAGACGCAGAAAUAGCAAGCAAUACGCGAAACAUCGAGAAAAACAAAACCUUGUGGGAACAGAAGGCCAAGGAGAUGCUUUUAGAAGCGGUAGGGGACACUGCGUUGGAUAGGGAGCCGAGUGAUCCCCCUAAUAACAACAACACGUGAUAGCUGUUCUACACCGUUAUUUGUUUGCAGUUCAAGUGCAUAUGGAGGGUUGACAAUUAUUAUUAAAUGUAUACUGUGCGUGGAUUUUCGAAAUGCCGUACUAGAACUGAUCGCCGAAUUGCUCUUGACAAAGUGUUGCAUAUUGGAACAAUAAAUCCCUGUUAUCAUUCUAUUAUUUAUUGUGUAAAAAUGAUUUUAUAAAUGAGCUGUUCAAGGAGAUGAA